UGACUGCCUUAGAAGUAUUCUACAUCACCAAGUACUCCUAAUUUGGAGAGAAGAUUGCUUUAAUAUUAAACAACACAAUUGAGGUUAAAUAGGAAAACUAAAAGUAACAUAACAAGAUUUGCUUAUCAUUAUUUGUAGAAUCAUAAAUUUGAUUACUAGCGUUUGAAAAUUUUCCUAUUGGUAGAGUCCAUCGCUACUACGCUUUCCUUCGCGUUAAGUUUUUUUACUUAUUAUUAGCCGACGUUGAACGGGGCUGAGAAUAUAUAUAAUUUAAAGUAAUUAAAGAUGCAAAACGGCAUCGCCGCCGACGGAGUUUGCUCCUCGGAGUCCGCGAAUGGGAGUCGAGAUGUUUGGAGUUGUAAAGGUUCCGAUUCUUCAUCAGCUGAUCAUCUUGUUAUCAUGGUCCACGGGAUCCUCGGCAGUUCUUCAGAUUGGAAAUUCGGAGCUGAGCAAUUUGUUAAAAGGCUACCGGAUAAAGUAUUUGUCCAUUGCAGUGAACGGAAUAUGUCUAAGCUGACUUUAGAUGGUGUGGAUGUAAUGGGUGAACGACUGGCAAAGGAGGUCCUUGAGGUAAUUCAAGAAAAACCAAAUUUGUGCAAGAUCUCUUUUGUUGCACAUUCUGUUGGAGGACUGGUGGCAAGAUACGCAAUUGGGAGGCUCUAUAGACCACCUAAGGAAGAAGUUAAAGAGGAUAAAUCAGGUGAUGGAUGCAAGGAGGAACAGAGGGGUACAAUUGGUGGCUUGGAGGCUAUGAACUUUAUCACAGUUGCAUCUCCUCAUCUUGGUUCAAGGGGUAAUAAGCAGGUACCAUUUCUUUUUGGAGUAACUGCUUUUGAGAAAGCUGCUAGUUGUGUUAUUCAUUGGAUAUUUAGGAGAACAGGUCGACACCUUUUUCUUACUGAUGAUGAUGAAGGAAAGCCACCGCUACUUAAGCGGAUGCUGGAUGAUUAUGAUGAGUUCUAUUUCAUGUCUGCAUUACAUACAUUCAAACGCCGUGUUCUGUAUUCCAAUGUGGCCUAUGACCAUAUUGUGGGCUGGAGAACCUCAUCAAUAAGACGAGACGGUGAACUGCCAAAGUGGGAGGAGACUCUAAAUGAAACAUAUCCACAUAUCGUGUACGAAGAACACUGCAAGGCCUGUGAUGCUGAUCAGCAUGAAACUAUUUCAAUAGAGGAUGAUGGCUCAUCCGACAAGCUAGAAGAGGAACUUGUGAGAGGCCUAUCCCGAGUUUCAUGGGAAAAAAUAGAUGUUAGUUUUCAGAGCAGUAGACAGAGAUUUGCUGCUCAUAGUGUUAUACAGGUUAAAGAUGAAGUUAUGCAUAUAGAAGGUGCAGAUGUCAUCCAACAUAUGAUUGACCAUUUUCUUACGUGAAACCUUAUGGUGUUUGAGAUACACAUCAUACGAGCAAAGAAGAUUAAUUCGCUACCUCACCGUAUUUGUCGACUGCUAAGUUAUUGCUCGAAUUCCCAUUGGUUAAAGUUGAAUGAUGGAUCAGUACUCACAUUGGUUGGUAAAGAUGGCUAUGACAAGGGCAAUUAAGUCAGCAGUUCAUUCAUUAAUUAUCUCUAGUUUGCUUCCUAAGAAGGAUGAAUACGGAUAAAAAUGAAAAACCCGUUGAUUUAAUGGUUAAGAUUUAUAACUAUUUUCUCACUUUAUAGCUUAACCAUUAGAGUAAUAAGAGUUUUCCCUUGUUAUCCUUUUUCAUUCCUUUUAUUAUUACGAGGAAAUUCAAUGAUAUAAGCGGACAUUGUGUGUGUAAAUUAAGAAAUUAAUUUCUUUUUCCCAUGUUAACAAA